AUGGAUGCUAUAGCUCAUCUGGGUCGUGUGGAUUCACAGAAGAGCACUGUGGCGUUUACCGAUCUUAUUUCUAGUCCUGCUGGAUUCUGUGGUACUACAUCAGACUUUUGCGGAGAGGGUUGUCAAUCUGGCUGUAAAGAAAUCAAUGAACCGAGCUGCGACUCCCACACGGAUGUUAUGAAGCUAUAUCGCCGAGUCGCAUACUACGAGCUCUUCAACAUAGCCAACAGGAAAUGCGAUAAAUACAUAGCCGAGCAUAUCCCUGCUGGUGGACUGACUCUCUUGAACCUGGCGUUCGCGGUCAUCAGUGACAAGUUCAAGAUUUCGGAGGAUGACACUACCAUCUGGUCUGAUCUCGUUGCGGACUAUGAAAAUACCGAGACAUUCAUGGAUUCCUUGGUAGCAUACCUAGAGAAAUACGGCCUUGAUGGAGUCGAUCUGGAUUGGGAAUAUCCUGUUGCGGAAGACCGUGGGGGUGCUGAAGAAGAUUACGGUCAUUAUGUUACUUUUGUUGCCAGGCUCCGGGAACGUUUCGAUCAAGAGAAUCAUGGCUGGGAAAUUUCCGUCACCGUGCCGGCCAGUUACUGGUACCUCAGAGGGUUUAAUCUCGAGGAGAUUCAGAAACAUAUCUCUUACUUCAAUCUCAUGUCUUACGACUUCCACGGCCAUACAAACCUGACUGAGGCCAAGCAGGGACUGGAUCUUCUCUGGCGUAACAACGUGAAACCUGAAAACGUGGUCAUAGGUUUCGGCUUCUAUGGUCGCUCCUUUACCAUGUCAGAUAGUACCUGUCAUGACCCGAGCGAGGGCUGCCAGUUUUCCACAGCUGGUAUGCCUGGGGAUUGCUCAGAUGCAGCAGGUAUCCUGACCUACGCUGAGAUUCGGUCGCGAAACAACUCCCUGAACACAAACACCUACUAUGACAAGGAGUCGACAACAAAGUACAUGACCUAUUCCGCUGACCAGUGGAUCUCAUACGACGACGAGGAGUCAUUCACGGCUAAGAAAAGGUUUCUCACGUCUCAAUGCCUGUCAGGCCUUAUGAUCUGGGCUAUAGAGCAAGACACGCAGGACUGUGAUGCCAUGAAUGCCCUUUUCAGAGAUGCAGCCACGGAUGGUGCUCUGACACGAGGCGGCGAACUCAGUGAUGAGCAAAAGGAGAAAUUGACCAAUGAGUUUGCAUCCUUCAAUGGCCAGAACUGCUUUGUCACGGAGCUUUGCACCGACGGUAGCUCCAAAGAGAGCGGCCCUAAUCAGAAAUGUCCUUCCGGUACAUCCUCUGUGUCCACAGCACAUGCACCUUUGCAGAAGGCUGGUACAGUUGGCUUGAUCGGUCAAUGCUCUGAAGGCUGCAACUGCCAGUGGAAUGGCGAGCCGGUUCGCAGUGAAAUAGGCUGUUCAGGCAAAUCUGGCGAUAGUCAGUUCGAGCUGACCACAGACACUUUCACUGACGCCUUGGGAGAAGGGCAGUGUUUCCAAGGCCACCGCUCCUUAUGCUGCGACUCAAUUGAACUUCUCGAUCUGUGCUACUGGAGUGGCUGUGAAGGUCCUUUAAUGCCAUAUCAACUCAUCGGGGAACUUGAAACUGAUGGGUGCAAGGAUGGCUAUGAAAAUGCGGCCUCUCGGCAUGAUACAGAUGAGGGGGGAUGGUGCUCACGUGAAUUCAACAGUGACUUGCAUGAUAGAUUCAAGCGAGGCUCGUGCUGUCCAAAGUCCAAAAAGUUCGACAACUGCAAUUGGACGACCGAGGAUGCCAUAAGCAAGUUGGAUGACGCUAACUGUCAGCCACGUCAAUGCAAGAAGACUCAGACUAGCAUCUCGGAGGCAUAUGAGCCUACGAUCAAUCCUUAUUCUGCGAAGUACUGCAUAGGCGACUGCACUGUUGGGGAUCAAUGCACUGCGAAUCCAAUUCUGCCCCAAUUUGAUCCUGCCUUCCAUCUCUGUUGUGACCCACCCUCCGAGUAUACUGAGGAUUGGCCUGUCCCACCCUCAUUUCUUUGGGAAGAUGCCUAUGAGGAUGACGAUGACGAUGUUGCCUGGGCUUUUGCUGACAACCAGAGCAACAACGAUGAGGAAUCGAGUGAUGAUCCAAUUGAAGAGGACCCUUCAGAUCAUGCGUAUGGCUUCCUAAUGUUGGAUGGCCCCUCAGAAUCCAUCGACAAUGCCUUUGACGAUUCAUACACUGUUGCCCGUCGCAGCAGUAAACUACCCAAUCGAAGACGUUCGACGAUCACUGCCAACACUACUGUCUUGGACUCAACUUUUGAUCACGCAGAAGAGACUAUAUUCGUGUACUGCAACCACCCCAAGGGAUCUCCCGAGUGUCAGAAGAUCUUCCGCAAAGGUGCUGAAGAUACGAUAAUCAAGCUGCCAGAUCAUAUCGGAGAAGGUCCAUUCGCCCGCGUUAUCUCCAUGACACAGGCCCCACAUACCUAUGAGCUUCCUCAUCACCAUGUCCGAGCUCGUUCUGUGGAAAGCAACGAGAACGAAGUAUACGAGCUUAAGAUAGACUACAACUUCCAUCUCAUCAAGCGGGACGAUGGUCCGAUCAACAUGCGCAUUGAUUACACUAAUCUGCUUCCAUAUUGGGAUGAAAGUUCGGAAAUUGGGCUAGGCAAGCGUUGGUUUGGUACAUUCAUGGGCUGGCUGAAAAAGAUGAACACCGUCGAAGCUGGAAACGAUGGUGUCCUCAAUAUGGCCUUCCAGAAGAGCUUUCUUCUGUACCGAGCUGUUAAGGGAUGUGCCCGUCGAGCCUUCUAUGCAGAGAUGAGAAUGUACCUCGAUGCUGAUGUUCAGAUGGACGCAACAUAUGCUUACUAUCUCUCUGGGACUAUCGUUCCAUUGAAGGUGGAUGAUUCUUACGGCUAUUUGGGUAUUGAGCCAAGCGCAUAUCUUGGAUUGCGUCUUGAAGGAAACGCCAUAAUGACCUACACCUCGGAGUGGAGAAAGCUCAUUGACACACUUGCGUAUCCUGGCUUGAGUAUCAAGGGUAUAGCAACUGUUGGGCCGAGUUUGGAUAUAUAUGGCCGGAUUCGCGGUAGUGUGACUCUGAAUGGACAGGCCAAGGCUGGCGCUCGAGUGCACUUUGGCCGUGUAGAACUUUACUUCCCACAGGAUGAAGAGGGGACUAAAGGCGAUACGGAUUACGACAAGAUCGAAGACAUCAAGUCUCAGCAAGAGCGACCGAAGACUGGUCUGGAGCCACAAUUCUACGCAUCCGCUCAAGCAUCCGCAAACCUUGCCAUUGAUGUCUCUCUCAAUGCCCGGAUUGGUAUAGAGGUAGGACCGGCCAUUUUGGGCAAGGGAAAUCUGGUAGACGCCCAGAUUAUAGCCUUUAUGAACAGCACCCUUGAUUUCUCCGCUACUGUGAUUGGAUCAGUUGGAACAUACAGCGAUCCUACCUACGCCUAUAAAUAUGGUGCCUAUCUCUACUACAAUCUAGGCUAUGGAGGAUUUGCCAACAUUCUCGGUGAUACGUGGAAUUGGCACUUCACGCCAGUCUACCUCUACAGUCUCCCAGGUAACAAAUACACGAUCUAUGAAAAUAGCAACAUCAAAGCAGACGCCACGCUCAACUCAAAGAGAAACGUCAAGAUCCUGCCUGAUUCUGAUGAAAAGGGACUGUUCCAUGAUGAUAAUGAUGAUGCAGUUUGGGAUGACAGUGGCCUUGAGCCAUAUGUCCCACCUGCUACCCAUGUUCACCACCGCAGAAACCAUAUGCCCCUCCAUCACAAGGUACACAGCUCUCAUGAUGGGAAAUCAAAUGCUACAUCACCCAGUCCCGAUGUGGGCUCUGUUAUCUUCAAAAGGGCAGACAGUGAUGAUGAGAAAGAGCCAGACACGGCGAGUAGCUCUUCGUUUACCGGCUCUCAGAAAUUCGAUUGUCCUGCGUCCGGGAACAAACAACCAACUCUUCCAGAAUUUCGCUAUAACUGCCAAGCAUUCUCUGCCAACCAGGUUGUUACCACAGACGGCUCGUCACAGACAAUUAGAGGUAUCUGCGACGGCAUCUUCGGAUGGUUUGGGUCAGAUGGCGCCAGCAGCGAUGGUGUCGAACUCAGUUGGGAUCCUAACCGGCGCGACAAGAGAGACGCGUACACAUGCAACAUUUGGAGAGACACAAAGAAGAAAAAGACGAAGACAUACUGUACUGACCAGAAGGAGAAGCUCAAUGCAGCUGCUGGUCUUGGUAAGAAGGUUAAUACGAUAAGCUGCGAUGAGUUUCCCUUUGGUGGGGUUGAAGAGGGUGGAAACUGGGGCGCCAAAUCUAAACCACACAGAGUUCCCCCGACUGCCAAUUGCGUGCCCGUGUGGCAGCAGUCAUUGCAAGGAAAUUGUAACGGGCUUUUGAGUACUUUGUACACCAACAUUCGGAUAAAGAUGAUUGGAAACUUUGAUCCGCUGGGAAAGAUGACAACGAGGACGAUGGCGAGCGAUGGACCCCCGGCGGAAGCGAGAGUGAUACAAACCAGCCAGUCUUCGGACGUCUGUCUGACGCGAUAUCCCGAGCCAAUCCCUCUCGCUCACGGCAUUGAUGAAACUGAAUGGGAAACCUCCGGUCGAAAGCUUGGCUCUAAUUUCAAACGCAAUUUUACAAUGGGCCUUGCGUACGCGACGAGUCUUUCAAAUUCGCCCGAUCAAUGGGAUGUCUAUCGAUACGGUAAUAAUAACGGGUAUUGUCUCGAUACGCGCAAGGGAGACAACGGAUGGCGCGAUGUAGAAGGCUUUGGAAGACGCCCUGAAUACACUAUGUGCAAGGUUAAAUUCGCUGGGAGCACCUUCGCCGACCAAGUGGCUCCUGCUUCGUUCAGCAAACGUGACCAGGAUGAGUCGAUGGGCGGGAAUGAUCCAUGGAAGAUUGAAUGUAUUGAGCUGCUUGAUGAGGAGUACGGGGGCCCUCUGUGGGACGAUGUGGACUGGGAGGACAUGAAGUUUGAGCAUGCAGCAGAUUCAACUUGA